AUGGGCCUUCAACUUCGCCCUGCUCUGGCUCCUGCUCUGGAUGUCCCAGGCUCCAAUGCGCCUUCCAGCUAUUGGGAGGAACUGGCCGCAAAACAUUGGCUUCAGUCAAUCCCAUCAAAGGUCAAACCAGACCUGAUCAAAUCAGCCAUUUGGGACCAUCUUGAGCAAGACUCCUUCUCUUUCUAUACCUUGAAUCAGCUAGAGAAUCUACAGAUCUUGGAGCGCUUUCUCUGGCCUACCUUCUCGGACGACGCCUCCAACCAUCAUGUCCUUCUCAUCGCCAUCUUCUUCAAUGUCAAACAGCGAGCACAUCUUCAAGACUGGUCCGUCUUCACACAUCGCCCUGAGCACUUCUCGGCUCUUUUCCGUCGAAUACUCUCCCUCAACCUCGAUUCCUCUCUACCUAUCUUCUCCCGCCUCGCCCUCCUCAAUUUCGUUGUCGGCGCAUUCCAAUCCUUGGAGAAUGAUCAUGUCCGUAAAGAAGCCGCCCCUCUCGUCUCCAUCGCCAUUUGGCACAACCUUUUGAGCGAGGCCGCAAGAGAUGCUUUGCUUGAUGCCCAACCAGCGAGGAGGAAGGCAUGGCGUGCUGCACAAAGGAGAUACGAUGCCGCAGAUCAGACUGCCCAGGCACGGCUAAAAUUCGAUCGUGCCUGGCUGUACACUAUGCUGCUCGAUUUUCUGUCCAGAGUCAAUACCCCCAAAUUAGCAACGUCCCAGGAAAUGGUCUAUUGUGAGCGGUUCACAGAGUUUCUCAUUGACCUGAUCAGCCAGCUUCCCACUAGGCGCUAUACCAAUCCACUGUUGCAAGAUCUCAACAUCCUUCCCGUCCUUCGCACGUCGGCCUUCCACUCCAGGCCAGAAGGUGCGCUACUGCGCGAUCUCACCAACCUGUUGGAACAUUUCCAGAACUUUGAUAUCGAUGAUCUCGGAAAUGCAAAGUCCGGUUCAGAAGGCACACGCAAAGCUCAUUAUAAUGCACUCGCUCGUCUGCAAAAAGUCGCCUUUCAGCAUUUCGAGUCCAAGUUGAAGGUUCUAGCGUUUUCCAACUACGGCUCCAUUAACAAGCGUAGUGAAUUGCAAUCCCAUUUCACACCUCUGACUGAUGCCGAGCUACAACAGUUGUGCUCCCUACUGGGAAUCCGUACCUCUUAUCCUGCCUCGAGCGGGUUGAACACAAAUAGAGCUGUUUUGCUAGAAACGCUCUUGUCUUCGUUUUCACAACCACGAAGCUUCCAAGAUGCCGUCUCUCAGCUCUCUGUGGUCCCCACAGACUCUGCUCUGUACGACCCAGCCCUUCUUCGCAACGAAGUCUACGAUGGUUCUCGACCUUUGGGCAUUCCCAAACUCAACCUACACUAUCUAACUCUCAGUGAUUUCAUGUGGAGAUCGUUCCAGCUCUAUCAAGCUGAAGCCUUCUACAGCAUCAGGAAAGACAUGGAGAGUGUAGUGAGAAGAUUGAAACCAAAUUCUAGCCGUGGUCGUGCUACCUCGUUUGACGGUUUCUCCAGAAUGGCUUUGUCCAUUGAUAAACCUGCUAUCAUCGAGGUUGGUGUUCCGAAAGUGGGUUCUACAAUACCAAGCUUUGUUCGAGCAGAGGUAAUCCUGGAUGUAAGCCGUUUGAAUGAUAACAUUCGAAAAGACUGGGAUAAUUUAAGACCAAAAGACACUGUCUUCCUGCUUGCCGUCCAAGCGCCAGAAGCUUCUCGCCAGCUCACCAAUGGUCAUGGUGAGGGAGCACCAGAAACCACCCAAAGUUUCGCUGUGCUAAGGACAGCGGAGGUCGUUCAGGUGUUGGAUGAAAACAGCAGAUCAUUGAGAGAUGCUCAAACAAAUGGUCAUGCCCCGCGACCACGAAAGCGUCGCCUGCUUCUUGACCUCGACCCUAAGGCCUAUCAAUCAGACAAGGAAUCGACAGCCAAGGGCAAAGCCGACAUCUAUGCGUCAAUAAACUUGAUCGUACGCAGACAGAGUCGGGAGAAUAACUUCAAACCCGUCUUGCACACUCUACAGAGAUUAGUCUCCUCAAACACCUCACUACCAUCAUGGCUCCAAGAAGUGUUUUUAGGAUAUGGUGACCCGUCAAGUGCCUCGUUCCCGUCUCUGCCUGAUCGGCUCGAAACUGUUGACUACCUCGAUACUUUCCUCGAUUGGCAACACCUUACAGAGAGCUUUCCUCACAAGACCAUCGAAUCGGUUUCCGAAAAGGAUGUAACCAUGGAGCCCCCUUUUGUUCUCAAAAUGGCUACUCAAAUCACUGAUGAACCACCCAAAAACCCUAAGAAGCGUCGACGCGAGGAGAUGGAACAAGAUUCCUUUUCCCUCAAUGUUUCAACUUAUAAGCCCAAGAACACCGGGCCUUAUCCGGUUGAUGCGCGAAAAAAGAAUACUAUUCGAUUCACUCCAAAGCAGGUCGAAGCCGUUGUUUCCGGAACACAACCAGGUCUAACUGUGGUUGUAGGCCCACCAGGUACUGGAAAGACAGAUGUGGCCACGCAGAUCAUAAAUCUUCUCUACCACAAUUUUCCCAACGAACGCAUCCUACUGGUUGCUCACAGUAAUCAGGCCCUGAAUCAAUUAUUUCAAAAAAUCAUCGCCCUUGAUAUAGAUCCUCGCCACUUACUGCGCUUGGGUCAUGGCGAAGAGGAUCUUGAUACAGAGGUAUCCUACAGCAAAUAUGGCCGGGUGGAGUCCUUCCUAGAAAAUCGACAGCCCUAUCUGACAGAAGUCAACAGACUUGCGGCUUCAAUAAACGCGGAAGGUGCUCAUGGAAGCUCAUGUGAAACGGCUGAUUAUUUCAAUCAAGUUUUCGUCAAGCCUGCUUGGUCUCGAUUCUGGGACACUGUCAAUGCAGAUGAAGCCACCGUCGAAUCCUCUCUUGCAGCUUUUCCGUUCUACAAAUUCUUUGGCGAUGCACCUGUUGUAACACUCUUUCCCCUGAAUACUUCUUUGGAGGAGUUGAAGGAUACUGCCUCAGGAUGCCAAUAUCAUAUCGACAAAAUUUUCUCUGAGCUCGAGGCCAUUAGACCCUUUGAGAUCUUACGGAACAAUCGAGAUCAAGCAAAUCAUCUUUUGGUCAAGGAGGCUAGGAUCAUUGCCAUGACAUCUACACACGCAGCUAUGAGACGGUCAGAAAUUGCUGACUCCGGCUUUCAUUACGAUACCUUGAUCAUGGAAGAGGCUGCGCAAGUCACAGAAAUAGAAUCCUUCAUUCCUUGUGCCAUGCAGAACCCGAAUCCAAAAACAGGAGAGCUCCCACUCAAACGCAUUGUUUUGGUCGGUGACCACUUGCAAAAUUCUCCAAUUGUUCAAAACAUGGCGCUUCGUCAGUAUGCGAACUUCGAACAAUCUCUGUUCUUACGCCUUGUCCGGCUUGGUGUUCCUACUAUACAUCUUGAUCAGCAAGGACGCUGCCGCCCUUCUAUCGCAAAUCUAUUCAAGUGGCGCUACGAGAACUUGGGAAAUCUUCCACACCUUUUGCACCUUCCAGAAUUCGCAAGUGCAAAUGCUGGCUUCCGUUGGGACUUCCAAUUUAUCGAUGUUCCAGACUAUCAAGGUCAUGGUGAACGUGAGCCAACGCCACAUUUUAUUCAGAAUCUUGGCGAGGCAGAAUAUGCGGUCGCAUUAUACCAGUACAUGCGUUUGUUGGGUUAUCCUGCACAGAGUAUUUCUAUCCUUGCUACCUAUGCUGGACAGCGUGCGCUUAUUCAAGAUGUCCUUGCACAUAGAUGCAAAGACAAGCGCCUCUUCGGAUCUCCCAGAAUCGUCACGACCGUCGAUAAGUACCAGGGCGAACAGAAUGACUAUGUUAUUGUAUCGAUGACACGAACAAAGACCGUUGGAUACCUACGAGAUAUCCGAAGAUUGACAGUGGCACUAUCUCGGGGUAGAUUAGGGCUCUACAUCUUCGGACGCAAAGACUUAUUCGAAAGCUGCUUCGAGAUGAAGCCCGCCAUGGACCUCCUGCUACAAAGGUCGAGCAAGUUGGUACUGACAACGGGCGAGAUGUUCCCAAGCCAGCGUGGGCUCGAAGACGAUCCAGACAACACGAGCGAGAUGGAGGGUGUCGAGCACUUGGGGCAGUAUGUCUACGAGAUGACCCAGGCGAAAUUGAAGGAUCUUGGUGGGCGGGCGACAAAUGACGGAGAUGAUAUUGAAAAUGAAGAUGAAGGGGAUGGACAUGUGGAUGAAGAGCCACAAGAGGAAGAUCCACUGCACGAGACGGCCGUAUGA